GGAAACUAUCACAAAACUUCGUUAAAAAAUAUAUAUUUAUUUUUAUUUUUCUCUCUUAUAAUAUCCUUAAAUUUGAAAAUAAAGGACCCCUUUUUGAAUUAGAAGUAAAAUUCAGCUCUGAUCAAUUAUAAUUUGAGUUCGUUAAGGUAAAUAUAUUGGUCUAAGUAUUUUUCAUAUUUAUUAAGAAUUCUGGGUUUUCUUGUUUUCUGCAGCUGAAUAUUUUUUGGAUCAAUUAAGGAAGUUUGUAGUUGAAGAAAAUUUAAGGAAUAAACAACCUGUAUAGUACAUUCAAUUGUCAUCAGGCUCCAAAAUCCAAGAUUCAUUGUAUCUGCUAAAAGUUUUGUUAGUAAAUUACUUGAUUUACUGAGAUAUGGCUUUGGCCUUUACCCCUUUGUCAUGGUGGCUUUGGAGUGGGAAGCAUCAAGAACCUAAAAUCUCGAAAGGGACUUCUGUAAAUUCAUCGCCUGAUUCAGGAUUGUUAGAAUUGGAUAUUUUGAAGUUAACCCUUGAUAGGAGAAGGAAUAUGGCCUCCUCAUCUAGAAAGGUUAAGCGAAAAGAGCGCAAGAUUGAUAGGGAGUAUGAUAUUGUUCUUGUGCCAUCUGAUGGUGGAUGUGUUUCAGGGUCUGAGUCUGAUGAUUCGGACUGGUCUGUUGGAUGGUUGGAGCCUCAUGGCCCUGGGUUCCAGAGUGAUGAUGAUAGGGAUGAUAGUUUUGCUGUACUAGUUCCUUGCUAUGGACGUGGGCGCGCAAAUGUGGAAGAUAAUGCACAAGACAAGUUUAUGCACACCAUUGGAAACUUCAGGGAUAUACAUGCUUCCGAUCUCAUGCAAGCUCAGGAUGUUAUGUUGCCGAAUGCUCCUUUCAUUCAGUAUGGUGACUGAAUGAGAGAAUAAGAAGUAUAUGGAACAGUGGCUCUCAUCUUUGCGGUAUAGCUGACAUGCUGCUGUAGCUCCAGCUGAUUUGAUCUCUUUUCCGUUGCCUCUCCAGAUUCUUUAUUGCGGUGGAUCAAAUACUAAGCUGUUUUUUGUUACCUAUUACAAGCCUAAAUAUGGACUUAGGAGUAAAUUAAAAGUUAACUGUAUAAAAAUAAAAAAUUGUUUCGGAACUCCUCGGUACCUUGUGUCUUCAUUUUUUCAGAAUUAUUGGAAGUAACCUCUACUUUGGAUUUUGAAAUUUGGUGUAAAUUUGACAGUCAAACUGUCUGGAGGAAGGAGAAGAGAAGAAGGAUGCUUAAGAAGCAUGGUUGUGAUUGUGCUUGUAAUAUUCUUUGAUGUAAAUAUCUGUAAAUAGGUUCAUCAGUUGUAAAUAUGUCUUUCUGGGUUGUGAUUGUGCUUGUAAUAUUCUUUGAUGUAAAUAUCUGUAAAUAGGUUCAUCAGUUGUAAAUAUGUCUUUCUGGGAAUAAAUUGGAUACUUAUGAUGUUAUUGGUAAGUAUAAUGGCAUUGUGAAUAUGCGGUUUCAUCCA